AUGUUGUGUAUUGAACGUUGUGGUAAAAUCAAGAAGCUUUUCCCUCAGAGGUUGGUACAUAAUUUCCGUAACCUCCAAUCGUUGUCUGUCUAUAACUGUGUACAAAUGGAGGAGAUAAUAGAAGAUGACAACAAUGAAGGAGCUGAUAUCACAUUGCCAAUGUUAAAACAAUUGUGUCUGCGUAAACUGCCACAACUAAAGAGCAUCUGCAAAGGAAAGAUGAUUUGUGAUAACAUUGAGACCAUUGGUUUGUGGGGAAUUAAAAAUAUAAAGAAAUUGCCUUUAUAUUUACGGUUUCUCAAUGGACAACUGUCUCCUCCCCUACGUCUUAGAACAAUCGAGAUAGAGAAAAGAGAUAAAGAAUGGUGGGAAUCAUUGGAGUGGCCCCAGCACAAUGCCGGCAAUGUCCUUCAACCAUUUGUUCAAUAUUUUUGA